AUGGCUUCGAAAAUCGUUGUCUUUGCUUGCUUGUUCGCUGCUUGCAAUGCUGUGCCUAUCUGGUAUAAUGAUGUUCUUCCCGGAACCAUCGUUAGGGUCGGCCGUGCCCCAAGUAUCUCUUACGGCUUCGGAAGCGGUUUUAGCAGUAAUGUCGGUGGUCUCUCACAGUCUACCGGUAUUGGUGCUUCCUUCAACUCUGGCGAUGGUGUAGCAUACGGCAGUGGCAUCGGAUCCUCUAAUGGUGGCUUCUCCCGCGGCGUAGGCAUCGCCAGCUCUGGAAACUCGUACCCGGUGUACCAAGCCUAUCCUUCUUAUAACAGUCCUCGUACUUCCUACGGAAACGCGGUCGCCUCCUCGCAGAACUUCGGUGGUUACAACUCAGCUGUUUCUUCCGCUAACGCUGCGGGUGGUCAAGCUCUAUCAUCAGCACAAAACCUCCGUGGAUUGGGAUACGAGUCUGCAAUCUCUUCCGCCAACAAUGGUUUUGGAUCUGCUUCCUCUGCUGCUUCUCACAAUGGAUUCGGAAACAGUAAUUCCAUCUCAUCCGCUCGCAUCGCCGGUCUCGGAUACAACUCUCAGGCCGUAUCUGCAUCUGAGCAACACGGACCAUACAGAGCUAGCAGCGCCCAGACUGUGCAACAGCGUGGCCAUGCACUGCAGCACAGCGGUGCUACCAGCAUCAAUGGCCCUGGUAUUCAAGCCGCGCACUCUCAUGCUGUCCAGACCGGUUUCUACUAA